AUUCUACCACACCGAAUGGACGAUGAGUUCAUGGCACUUAUACAUGAAAUCAACAAAAUUAACAUACCCGGUCAUAAUUACCGAGGUUAUAUGAUUUUAGAAGAGGAACCGUACCAAGAGAUAACUGAAUUAAAGAAUCCUGAUGGAAGAGAAUUAUGGUAUGUCUUUUCUGGGAUGGGAUCUCAAUGGACUGGGAUGGGAAAGGGCCUGAUGGCCCUAGAGCCUUUUGCAAAGGCCAUAUACAAAUGCACAGUUGCCCUACAAGAAGAAGGAGUUGACCUGAUGCAGAUCAUCAACAGCAGCCAACCAGACACCUUCGACAAUAUACUAAAUUCCUUUAUAGCUAUUGCUGCAGUACAGAUCGGGUUAGUCGAUGUACUGAAGGCAUUGGGGUUGACUCCAGAUGGAAUUGUUGGCCAUUCAGUUGGAGAGUUAGGAUGUGCAUAUGCAGAUGGAGCUUUUACUGCUGAACAGACAAUCCUUGCUGCCUACUGGAGGGGGAAGAGCAUUUCUGAAUCAAAUUUGAAACCAGGAUGCAUGGCUGCUAUAGGUCUAUCAUGGGAAGAAAUAAAUGAAAGGUUACCUGAAGGUAUUGUGGCUGCUUGUCACAAUAGUGGAGACAAUGUUACCAUAUCUGCUCCAGCAGAGUUGUUGGAUCCAUUCUUGGAAAAACUAUCUGUUGAAGGAAUAUUCAAUCGAAAAGUAAACAGUUCUGGAUUUGCUUUUCAUUCAAAGUAUAUAGCAGACGCAGGGCCUCAACUACGAGCUAAUCUUGAGAAAAUAAUUCCCAUACCAAAACCUAGAACAAAGAGAUGGAUUUCCACGUCAAUACCAGAGUCAGCAUGGUCCUCUGAACUUGCCUCAUCAUCUUCAGCCGCAUAUCAUGUCAAUAACCUCUUGAGCCCUGUUCUCUUCCACGAAGGAGUUUCUCACAUUCCUGAUGGGGCAUUAGUCAUUGAAAUAGCUCCUCAUAGCCUACUGCAAGCAGUGCUAAAGAGAUCUCUUCCAAACUGCUCUGUUAUAGGAUUAGUAAAGAAAGACGUUCCAGAUGAUGUUGGCAAUUUUUUAAGAAAUGUUGGAAAAAUUCACAAUGAAGGAGUUGCUUUGGAUUUAAAGUGCCUAUAUCCCAGAAUUGCUUACCCAGUUGGGAGAGGAACUCCUAUGAUCUCACCCAUGUUGAAAUGGGACCACUCAAUCGAAUGGCAAGUCCCUCUUUUUGCAAAGCAAACUUCAAAAUCAGGAGAGUGUGUCAUAGAAAUUGAUAUAAAUAAGGAAAACGACAGUUUCAUAGUGGGUCACACCAUAGAUGGAAGGGUACUGUUCCCGGCAACUGGUUAUUUGACUUUGAUAUGGAAAACUUUUGCAAAAGUACAAGGAACUCAAAUGGAAGAAACCCCAAUAAUUUUAGAAAAUGUUCAAUUUCAUAGAGCCACUAUAAUGCCAAAAGAAGGUUCAGUGAAAUUUGCAAUUAGUAUUUUCGAUGGUUCAGGCCAAUUUGAGUUGUGUGAAGGAGGUUCCACAGUGGUUACUGGAACUGUUCGAUCAAUGGAAAACUGGCAUGGACUAGCAAUGAAAAUCUCAUCUUCAGAAAGCAAGAUCCAACUAACUUCGGAAGAUAUCUAUAAAGAACUGCGACUCAGAGGAUAUGAAUAUGGUGGAUUCUUUAAGGGAAUAAAGAAAUCUGAUAUAGAUGGUACCAAUGGAGAACUAAACUGGGGAGGAAACUGGAUAAGUUUCAUGGAUACAAUGCUGCAGUUUUCAUUGGUAGGCAGGACCAGUAGAGAGCUGGCUUUACCUACGAGAAUACUGCAAGUAACUAUAGACCCCAGAAAGCACCUUCAAUUCGCAGAAAAUAGUGUUGAUAUUCCAGUCCAAUAUGAAAAGGACAUUGAUGUGAUACAAUCGGGCGGAAUAGAAAUUAGAAAUCUAAAAGUCAGCCUUGCUCCUCGAAGGCAACAAACUCAAGCACCUCCCAAAUUGGAAAAAUAUAUUUUCUUGCCAUACUUUAAAGAUGGAAUCAAGAAGGAAGAUGGAUUGGCGGCAGCUCUUCAAAUAGUGUUAGAAAACUCAGGUGGUGCAUUGAAAUUAAAAAUCAUGGAGCUAGGAGGAGGGGAGAGUGAAGAGCCAUUAGCGCCAUUAAUUUCUGAAUUAUUAUCAUCAGAGCCACAAAUUACAGCAGAAAUUAGUUUCGUGACACUCAGACCAGAACAGUAUGCCGACCUAGAAAAUUAUAAUGUUAAUGUUGUAAAAAAGAAUUACGCUGAAGCAGUGGACAGCAAUCUGCAUCUAUUAGUUUGCAAGAGUGCAUUAUCUUUCAAUGGGUUGCCUUCUGUUGUCAAUUCUUUGAAGCCUGGUGCAUUCCUACUAGUAGAGGAUAGGCAGGAGAUUAACUAUGGCAAUAUGGUUGUGAUAUCCAAGUUUAGUUCUGAUGGAAAAGGGCUUCUUCUUCUUAGAAAGGCUACUAAAUACAUUCAACCCAAAGUAAUUAAAAUUACCAACCAUAACUACAGCUGGGUGGAAACAGUAAAGAAGGGAUUGAAGGACUGUGAAAAUGGAGCCAAAGUACUAUUAAUUAAUGAAGGUGAAGCAACAAGUGGUAUAAUUGGAAUGAUCAACUGCCUAAAGCAGGAACCUGGUGGUAACAAUCUGAGGUCUGUUUUUAUUCAAGAUCCCAAAUCAAAAGAGUUUUCACUAACAUCUACACCAUAUGCUCUUCAAUUAAAAAAGGAUCUUCUACAGAAUGUUUUGAGCCCAGAUGGAGAUUGGGGAAGUUUCAGACAUCUCAGGAUUCCAAAUCAAGACGAGACUGUAACUCAAACAGAACAUGCUUUCGUAAAUGCUGUAACAAGAGGUGAUCUUUCUAGUCUAAGGUGGAUUCAGGCUCCUGCAUCCCCUGCUGGAAAAGAGACAAAUGGAGUAGGGUUGUGUACUGUUUAUUAUGCCCCACUCAACUUCAGAGAUAUCAUGUUAGCUUCAGGGAAAUUACCACCAGAUGCCCUGCCUGGUGACCUAGCAGGACAAGAAUGUGUUCUUGGUUUAGAAUUUGCUGGAAGGAACUCCCGGGGAGAAAGGGUAAUGGGAAUUGUUGAAGCUAAAGGUCUUGCUAUGUCAGUAACAUGUGAUCCACUCUUUACGUGGCCAGUUCCAGACAGCUGGAGCCUACAACAAGCUGCUACAGUGCCUAUAGUCUUUGCUACGGCUUACUAUUCGCUCAUUGUCCGAGGUGGAAUGAAGCCUGGUGAGAGUAUUUUAAUACAUGCUGGAACAGGAGGUGUUGGCCAAGCAGCCAUUCAUAUAGCUCUCCACAUGGGAUGCAAGGUCUUCACUACAGUUGGUACUCAGCAAAAAAGAGAGUUCAUAAAAACUAAUUUCCCAAAGCUGGAUGACAGAUGCAUUGGGAAUUCAAGAGAUACAAGCUUUGAGCAGCUGAUUUUGUCUGAGACCAAAGGCAGGGGAGUAGACCUUGUAUUGAAUUCUCUUGCAGAAGACAAACUUCAAGCUUCUGUAAGAUGCUUAGCUCAAGGAGGGAGAUUUUUGGAAAUAGGAAAACUUGAUCUUUCUAAUAACUCUCCUCUAGGAAUGUCAAUAUUAUUGAAAAAUACCACAGUUCAUGGGAUUUUAUUGGAUGCAUUGAUGGGAAAAGGUUCACAUAAUCUGGAGAAAGUAGAGGUAGCUAAGUUGAUGAGGGAAGGGAUAAAAUCAGGAGCAGUGAAACCUCUUCCUCACACUACAUUUAACCGUGAUGAGCUAGAACAGUCAUUCAGAUUUAUGGCUACUGGUAAACACAUUGGAAAAGUAUUGCUAAAAAUCAGAGAUGAAGAGCCAAUUAAGAAAUCAUUGCCAAAGAAGGAAAUUAUUAAUGCAAUACCAAGAACUUAUAUGAACCAGGAGAAAUCUUAUGUGCUGAUUGGUGGCCUUGGAGGAUUUGGCUUAGAACUUGCUAAUUGGUUAAUUACCCGAGGAGCAACCAAAAUAGUCCUUGUUUCACGCUCAGGAGUAACAAAUGGGUUUCAGUUCUUGUGUAUUAAGAGGUGGGAACAGAAAGGUGUAAAAGUUCUAGUUUCAAAGACAGACUGUACUUGCCUAGAUGGUGCAAAAAGCCUUAUAAAAGAAGCUGAGAAACUUGGACCAGUUGGAGGAAUUUUUAAUCUUGCAGCUGUUCUUAGAGACGCGUUUAUGGAAAAUCAGACUGAAGAAGAUUUCAGAGCUGUAUGCAGGGCUAAAGUUGAUGCCACAGCUGCUCUUGACUUAAUCAGUCGAUCCUGUAAGCAACUGGAACACUUCGUGACAUUUUCAUCUGUGUCUUGUGGCCGUGGAAAUCCAGGACAAUCCAAUUACGGCUUUGCCAAUUCUGUAAUGGAACGUAUUUGUGAGUCUAGAAGAGUAUUAGGACUUCCAGGAACUGCAAUACAAUGGGGAGCAGUUGGUGAUGUUGGUCUAGUGAUGGAUAGUAUGAAAGGAGGCAAUGAAACUGUAGUUGGAGGUACAUUACCACAAAGGAUAACUUCUUGUUUGUCAACUUUGGAUUACUUCCUUCAGCUACAAGACCCGGUAUUAGCGUCCAUGGUGCUAGCUGAGAAAGGAAAAGUUGGGCAAGAUCCAGGUCAAGCCAGUCUUGUGAAUGCCAUUGCUAAUAUAUUAGGCCUAAAAGAUCCUGAUAAUUGUGGAAGCAAAAGUUUAGCUGAACUAGGAAUGGAUUCUCUCAUGGGAUCAGAAAUUAAGCAAAUCUUAGAGAGGAACUAUGAUCUAGUAUUAAGUGCUCAAGAAAUCAGAAAUUUAACAUUCCCCACAUUAAAAAAUUUAUCAUCAGGAGGAAGUCAGGAUACGUCAUCAGAGAAACAAAAUGGUGUAGUUUAUAAAAACAUACUUCCUAUGGAAGCAGUCAUUAAGCUUCAAACAAAAUCCAAAACUGACACAUCAAUGCCAAUUUUCUUCAUUCACCCGAUUGAAGGUGUCAUUGAUAUGUUGAAUGAAGUUGCAAGCCAUGUACAAAUGACUGUUUUUGGAUUACAAUGUGUGAAGAAUGCUCCUCUUGCUUCAAUUGAACAGUUAGCUGCAUACUAUCUCCAACAUAUUACUUCUUUGCAAAAAAAUGGACCAUAUCUGAUUGUUGGAUACUCAUUUGGAGCUGGUGUGGCAUUUGAAAUUGGUCUUCAACUUGAAAGCAGUGGCCAAAAGGUCACUCUUGUACUAAUUGAUGGGUCUCCAUCUUUUGUAAGAAAUCACAUCAACAACUAUAAGGAAACAAAAGGACUUGAUAAAGACUUUGAUGCCUUUAGGUUAUCAUAUAUCGCAAUGCUUUUCAGCAAUCAAGACUUUGCACAGGUUCAAAAGGAAAUGUUGGUCUUAGACACAUGGAACUCCCGCUUAAAGCGCUGUGCUGAGAUCAUGUCAAAUUUUUCUGAAGAGGAAAUUCAAGAAGGGGCUUCUUCUUUUGGCAAAAAACUUAAUGCGGCUUAUGUUUAUGAACCAAGAUUUAAAUUCAAUGGAGAAAUAAUUUUGUUAAAAGCAGCUGAAAGUUUUGUAGACCUCGGGGAAGAUUAUGAUCUCAAGAAGCACUGCAACCAGAAAGUAAAGGUAAAAAUAGUUCCUGGUGACCAUCAAAAGGUUUUGGUAGGAAAUUCGGCAAAACUAAUUGCUAACACUGUGAACAAGUAUGCAGAAGUUUUUUCAAAAUAAUUUAUGAUAGAUAUCUAUCAAUCAUUUUAGAAAUUAUAAUUAUUUUAACUUAAUUAAACUAUUGUUAUUUAUUAUACAGUGAUAUUUUAUAUGAAUUGUAAUGUUAAUAAUUUAUUCUGUAAAUAUUGUAUUGCUUUUUAUAAAUUAUUAUAGUAAAUAUAUAAAAUAUAGCUUAAAGGCAUCAAUAAACUCCUUAUGAAGUAUCAUUAUAUCAAUUGAAAAUACAGUUUAUAGAACAGAGAAUCCAUCAUUUCAACGAAUAACUCUGAGGAAAACAACGAUUUUUAAAUGAAUUACUACUUGCAAUUUUAGAAACUAUAAUUUGAUGUAAUUAUUGUGAUUUGUCUUAUUGUUAUUAUUUUGUAUAAAUUAUAAUUUAA